CGCCUGCUGUUGCAUCCCGAACAACUCUGCAAAUAUAUCAACAGUGUUAUUGGAAAAUGUCGAGUGACCAGCAAUCAACGCAACCGUACACAUUCGACGGGGAGGAGGAGCACCCGUAUUUUUCUCUUUACUCCUCGAUAUUGACGACAUCUUAUCCUUCUUCGUUGCCUGUGCUACCGCUGUCGUCCAAUCCUAUUCGUUAUGAUCUGGACAGUGACGAUAGUGACAGCGGUCACGGCGGUGAAACCAAUGCCGAGGAAGCGAAUGAUCCUCCGAGCCCAAAGCGGCGAAGAACGAGUAUAUCCGAUUCAGUUGCGAGCUUUUCUUCUCUAAAUCAGGAGGAAGCUACAAGAGCCGACGAAUCGGUCUCGGGCCCCCACCUAGUUCCAUCGUUGCCGGUAGAUACGGAUACGGUGAAAGAGAAUGAACCGCGAAGCCUAGUUCCAUCGUUGCCGGUACAUACAGAUACGGUGAAAGAGAAUGAACCGCGAARCCUAGUUCCAUCGUUGCCGGUACAUACAGAUACGGUGAAAGAGAAUGAACCGCGAAACCUAGUUCCAUCGUUGCCGGUACAUACAGAUACGGUGAAAGAGAAUGAACCGCGAAACCUAGUUCCAUCGUUGCCGGUACAUACAGAUACGGUGAAAGAGAAUGAACCGCGAAACCUAGUUCCAUCGUUGCCGGUACAUACAGAUACGGUGAAAGAGAAUGAACCGCGAAACAAAUAUCUAGAAAAGUUCAAUCAAUGCUGGGAGAAAAACUACGCAGUAUACGCAGAGGCGUUCCGAAGAAACGGCCAUACCCGCAUAACAUCUUCAAGGAGACAUCGAAAUUGGCUUUUGACGCAGAACGCUAAUUACAACGAGCGAAAGCUUUCGGACUAUCGCAUUCGGAAACUGGAAGCGAUAGGCUUCGUUUGGCAGGGCAAGAGAAAGACCUGGAAUGAGAUCAUGUCCGCCCCGGCGGCCGUCGCGAAGUGGGAACAACUCUUCGCCCGCCUAAUCCACUACAAGAUCCUACACGGUGGCAGCACCAUGGUUUCCAAAUCUUACACCAAGGACCCCAUGCUCGCGAGCUGGGUCUCGGAGCAGCGCGAGCACUACAAGGGACCGAAGAUGCUAGAAAACCGUGAGAAGCGCCUCGACAUGGUCGGCUUUAAGUGGAGGGAGAACGAGAAUGACAAUGCCCCGCCGUUCGAUCCGAUGCCCCCUUUUGACGAGAUGCUUGGUAGACUAGCCUCAUACAUCACUAAGCACGGGAGCCAAACCCCCGUGCCCAAGUACUACGAGGAGGACGUGGCUCUGGGGGUGUGGGUCCAGACCCAACGCAUUGCCAAGAAAGUGAAUAAGGUCCCGGAAGAGAAUAUUACCCUCUUGAAUCAGUUGAACUUUUUGUGCGGUCAAAAAAAGACAUAAUUUAUUUUUUCUGUUCUCAAUCAAUGUUCUUGGACCUAUGAUAAGAGUUUACUCUGAUAACUUCGAAUUUUCUCGGUCUUCUUUCUGUGUGACAUUGUUCUUCGUCAUUAUCUUGACAUCUUUGAGGGAUUCUUUACAAAUGCACAAAGAACAAAGAAAUACUGCUACUGUAGUACUUCAAACAUCAACCUAUCACUAACAGUGUCAGAAACUAUAAUCAUCAGUAACUUCUUAUCUGAUCUGAAAUGAAAUAUAUGAAAACUGAUUUG